AUGUCGUGCAUUGGCCCAGAUGGUGCAUCGUUCGGCUCAUCCGAAGAGGGGGAGAAAAUCGCAGCAGAGGAUCAAGGAGCAGAAAGUGACACCGCUAGAAGGUCUCCAGAUGGAGAAGACUCCAAUGAUGAGGCAGGAGACCCAAAGCCGCCGCCAGCCUCCGAGCUUGAUGAGUUGGUGAUGUCUACAGAGUUAUUGCUGAUGAGCCAGACGCGCCGGAGGAAAGUACCAGGUGAAGAUGAACAUCCAGUUCUACCAGGCAUGAAAAAAACCAAAUCGAUCCUCAAGCAGACCACGAUGACCAUCGAAGAACCAGACCCCAUUUUGGGGAGCCUCAUGAGUGGUGAGCUGGGAUCUGAUUGGUCGCCCUCAGGCAGAAAUCGAAACCCCAAAGUGAAGAUCGUGGAUGAUCAAGAAGAACAACGUGCGCAGCGUGAGGCCUUGCGCCUUCAAGAGGCCAAAACUCACGAAAAAGAGUUGCGAAUGCAACGCAGAAGUCAGACCAUUGUUUGGCUGAUCAUGCUCCCAGUGCGAUCAGUCACAUAUUUAGGGAGUUGCUGCAUUUCCUCACCAAAAACGAGACAACUGUGGCUUUUGGGAAAUCUGGCGGUGAGUCUCUUUGAGCUUUGGACAUGUGCCCUUUUUUGGGCCUUCACCAUGGAUUCCAAGAAGUUGACCUUCUUGGGGGUUUUGCUCACAGCUGACCAUUGGGUGAAUGCAUGGUUUCUUGUUGAUGCGAUGCUCCAAGCCCUCGAUCAGUUUAGAGGUCCUGAAGCACAGGAUGGGAACGAAAGCAGCGUCAUUGUCAUGCGCAAAGUAGAUUGGAGGGAACAGAUGCAGCAAAAAGCCAAGUCAAUGUUUCAGAAGCUGCCUGGCUUUUCCGCUUGUAGCACAGAGUUUUUGUCAAAAAUCGCAGAUGUUGGCGAAGUCCUAACCAAGCAGAAGGGAGAGGUCUUAUAUGGGGAGCAGGAUGACAACACCAGCCUCUACCUGAUAUUGCAGGGAGAAGUUGUCAUCCGAGAUGGUGAUCAAGUGAGCUACGUGGGUGCGGGUGGCACGCUUGGAGAGUUCAAGGUGUUUGAUAUGGUGAGAGCCGACAGCAGCCAUGUGGAGUGCAUCAGCGAGUGUGCCAUUUUUGAAGUCUCAGAGCGAGAGAUGAAGAGGUUCCUAGAAAGCUCACCGGCCGAUCGCAACAUGCUUUUGGAGUUCUUCAAGGCCAAGCUGGCUGCUGCAAACAGAAAGCAUGGCUAUGGCAAGUGGGAUAUGAUGAGGAAGGGUAUAAAGACACUUUCUCGGCCGAUUUUGCUCUUCAUGGAAAGUGGCGUCCAUCGCUCUCGGGACAUAUGGUUUCAAGCGGGCUUUGCCAUUGUACUUCUGGUCCUUGGUAAUUUUGCAGAAGGCAUUCUGCAUGCCAAAACCAAUGCAGCCGGAGAACAGAAGGAGAACCUUGCUCAGAAUUUUUUUUGGAUCUUGUUUUUGAUUUGCAAGCUGAUGCGGCAGAAGCUGCCUCUGACAUACUUGAAGCGUUUUUUUGUGGAGCAAGAGACCCAGCUCUUCGUGAACAUUCGCCUCAGUGGCAGUGGUGGAUCUAUGUGGGUCACGAUGAAGUUGGCAGUGAUCAUGGUUGGCUGGGGUCAUUGGAUCGGAUGUCUCCACCUGUUGGUGGCACUGGCUAGGCCAACACCAGAGAGUGGUACCGAGGACAGUAUGUUCGAUCAGUUCCGAGAAAAAUCAUUUGUGCCGCAAUAUGGCGACGAGGAUUGGUGGGGAGACUACCUGAUCUCUUACUACCGUGCCUUCAACAAGAACUAUGAAGGCGCAAAGCCGGAGCGCUUGGAGGAACUGAUUGUGCAGCUAUUUGUCGUCUGUGGCCUCUUAGCCAUGAAGUCCUACGUCAUUGGUUCCUUCUUCAAGCUGCAGGAAGCAAAGAAGGAAUCGGCACGAGAAGUGGAGCAGCUUCUGAACCAAGCAGACAUCGUAUGCGCAACGCUGGAUUUGCCCCCAAGCAUCCGAAAGUCAAUCAGACAGCAUUGCCUGUUUCAGUGGUCAAAAUCACGUGAUGUGGGAAAUCGCGAUGUGGUUCUGAAAACCUUCGCGCCGGACUUACAGAAGAAGGUCAAAGAGCAGAUCUACCUCCCGAUCAUCCAAGCAAAUGAAACAUUUUUCCACGGAGUUACCUCUGACUUCAUGCUGCAGAUUAUUGACCAUCUAGAGGUCACGAUGUUGCAGCCAUCAGAGAUGCUCUUUUGUGAGAACGAUUCUCCGCAGGAGCUUUGCUUUUUGGAGACGGGCACUUUGAUGCUGACGUGCCAGGAGCAGCUGGUGCGCUAUGCACGUAGUGAUCGACCAAACGAACCCACAGCAGUGGGGGAGGUGGCUUUCGUUUUGAAGGUGCCCCAUUUGUACUCGGUGCGAUCGCGCGCCGGCGUGGAAUCCUCUGUCCUUAGCAUGUCGCGUACCGACUUCGAAAUGAUCAUGGCAAAUCUGGGUUCAGACCACGAUCAACUUCUGCAAAAUGCAGCUCAUCUCAUGCGGCUUUCCUUGAAUGGAACUGACAUUAAAGGAGAUGCUGUUCACGACGGGCAGGAAGAUACGGAGCUGUCCCAGAUGAUGAGGGAGUCUGUGCGUCAAGUGUUGCUGAAUCGCACAGCACACAUGUCCACAACCUUCAUCAAUGCAGCUGCUGAAGGGAAUAUUGAACAGGUGGAGCUGCUCUUGCGAAAACGGGUGCUGGUGGACACCGGGAACAGCGAUGGCCGGACGGCCAUGCACCUGGCAGCUUCAGAGGGCCGCGAACAUGUCAUGAAGCUCCUCAUCAAGGCUGAAGGAAAUGUGAAUGCGCAAGAUCGGUGGAAAGGCACCCCCUUGAGAGAUGCAGUGAUGGGCAAGUUCAGUGCUGUGAUUGACCUGCUGAUGGAUCAACACGCCGACUUGAAUCUAGAGGAUCCUGCCACAGCUCUUUGCGAUGCCGCCUCUAGUGGCAACCUCAUGGCACUGCAGGAACUUAUUGAGGUGAAGAUUGAUCCAAACAGUGGGGACUAUGAUCUCCGCACUGCCCUUCAUCUCGCAGCAUCAGAGGGCAAACUGGAGGUCAUCUCUUUCCUCUUGGAUGCGCGAGCGGACCCCAACUUCAAAGAUCGCUGGGGUGGAACAGCCUUGGAGGAUGCUAUCCAAAACAAUCAUGCAGUGGCUGCGCAACUUAUCUACUCCAAGAAAGGCGGACUUCGACAGGACUUGGCCGCAGGCUGGCUUUGUGAUGCUGCAGCUGCAGGGAACAUUUUGAAGUUGCAGCAGCUCACGGAAAACUCUGUGGAUGUGAACAGCGGGGAUUAUGAUGCCCGCACUGCACUCCACUUGGCAGCAACCGAAGGCCAACUUCUGGCUGUGAGCUACUUGAUCGGCUCAGCUCGAGCCUUUACUUCUCCGCAAGACAGGUGGAAGUCCACACCGUUGCAGGACGCCAUACGUGCAGGGCAUACAGAUUGCGCUCGGCUUCUUGCUUUUACGGGUGGCUUUCUGGGCGACUCGGCCACCGACGAGGACAGGGACAAGCUAUGCAGCGUCAUCUCCGAGGACUUCUCCUCUCCAAACACCUGGUCAGAGGUGCAGAAGUUUCAGCGCCGCAUGAAUGAGCUGAAUCAGCGGGUUUCUCGCUUGUUGGUGGCAGUUGCAAAGGGCAAAGCCAGGCCAGAAGUCUUUGACGCAGAGGCUUGCACAAAGUUCAACCGCCAGCUGAUUUGUGCAGUCUUCAAGCAGUGCCCGCAGCUAGCAGACAGCAUGCUAGCAUUGGCUUUGGUUUUUCGCAGGCUUUACGCAGAUGGGGUCGUGCCCUUGCAGUCCUUGACGACCCUGCUUCAGGAUUGUGUUGACUGCACAAAGCACUGCAAAUGGUGGCUGUGGUAUGCGAAGCAGGGGAAGGAAGAGAGGCGCACGAGCAUUGCGAAGUCCACGCGCGAGCCGAAGAUUGAGAAGUCUGCCAGUGCCAUCACGAGGUUGAUGGUGGGAACGAUGCAGAUUGCAAAAACUUUGGUGGAAGUGGUGAUAGCAGCUGGGAAACAAAUCUAUGCGCAAGUCAACAGAGAGGUGAACGCGCGGCGCAUUAGUCAGAAAGAUUACAUCAUCGAUGAGGCCUACCUUGCCCUGCGGGCUGUCACAACGAACCCUUCUUCACAAAAUGGAAAGUCGCAACCCACCAAGAAGCGUCGCAGUCAUUCACGGGCACCUUCAAACAACUCGGGACAAAGGGGGAAAAAAGAAGAAACCGAGGAUGCAAGAAGUCAUGGGAAUCAGUUGGACCUGAGUGAGGUUUGCACAGAAUGUGUUUUCGAAGCCCUUAGCUGGGAUGUGGACUGGACAGCCCCUGCCAGUUCAAACUAUGGCAUCAAUGCAGGGGCCAUGAAGCAGCAAAUCGAGGAGUUGGCGAAAGUCUUGACUUCUUCGCAAGCUGGUGCUGUCAUAGAGAUGUGGGACUGCCUGACCAUCUUGCCAACACGGCCACUCGAUCCAGGUGCUUGGCGAUCAAUGCGACGGGCAACCUGCUGUGACGCAGACUCCAAUGAAAUCAGCUCUGUCUUUGGAAAAGAUGUCUUUCUGAAGCCAAUGAGUUUGCCCCUUGCCUUUGAGCUGGCAAUGCUCUCUGUGCUGGCUCUGGUUCGCACGGCGCCAUUGAACAUAGAGGCACAGCCUAGCCGGGAAGAGACAUUGACGCGGAUUGAUAUUUGCGUGCUGCGCAAUGGUCUGGAAGCAGUGGAGAUGGAGGUCAGGGGCGACAUUGCGAAGACACAGCGUGAGGUGCUGAAGAAACGGGAUCCCUCCCGGGCGCCUGGCAAGAAGGUCAUCCACAUGGGUGGGCGAUUUGCACGGGUUGAGCCAGUGAGCAUUGGCCGCAUCUUGGCAACCCAGCGAGAUUUGUCGUCAGACGAUCUAUGUGCCAUCCUUGAUGUGCAGGAUAGCACUUGCCAGAUCUCUGCCAAGAUGGAUGAAGAUGAAGACAGCGAUGAAGAUGGCAAAAAGAGGGUCGACAAGAAAGUGACGCGACGGAAGGACAAUAUGCACAUACUCUCCCAUCAGUCCAGCUUUGGUGUGAUGAGCUCCGAGCGCUUCCAGCUGAAUCUGUUGCGGCACCUUUUGGAUUUCAAUUCCUUACAGGUGGAUGCCAUUGAGGACGAUGAGCGUCGUCGAAGAGAAGGUGUCACUGAUGCCUUGGAGGAGGACCCCUUCGACGAUGACUUGGUUUUCCGAGAGGUCCUUAGCUCCGGGGAGGUUGUAUGGCACGAUGACAAGCUUAUUGAGGAGAUGGAAGACUUGGAACUCCAGGGCAAUGGCUCAGAUGACAGCGAUUUGGAGGACUCGGAGGACGAAGAGGGGGCUGAUUCAGAGGCCCACAAUGAUUCUCCACCUGCUUCGCCCACCCAAAACACGAGACGAAAUGCGAAGCGUGAAGCCUUUGAGGAGAAAAAGGCAACGUCAAUAUGGGCAAAGACGCUGCAGUGGGUUCAGUCAAAGCAAGUAUGGUUUGGAGGGAAGGCACAUGAUCAAGAAGCAAAGCUGCGGCAGAAGGUGGCGCGGAAGUUCCGAGAGCUGGAUGAGGACGGAGAAGGGCUCGCUUUGGCAGACGUGGCGACUCUACUGACGGACGUUUUUGGACACCAAAUGGAUAGAGAUGCAAUGCUGCGCCUGGCUGCAAACGUUUAUGACGUGCUGGAGAAGAGUGAGCAGGAGCUGCUACAACUGUCGGACCUGCAGGACGUCUUAGAGACAGCCACGCAGGAUUAUGAAGCUAUGGUCAAGCGACAGCGGCAGCAUAGCUCUCAGAAACAGGGCGCCAACAGCAACAGUGGCUGGGUGUGGGUGCAACGACUCGCAGGCUAUGUGAUGCCACCGGAUUCGAUGUUCCUGCAGUGCUGGGACUUUGUAAAGACUGCAGUUGUCAUGUACUACCUCUUGGAGGUGCCGAUGAGAUUUUGCAUCAUCAAUUUCGACUUCCUGGAAGACUCCAGCACUCUGGCUCUGAUCAUCGUCAACCUAGGAGCUGACUUUUUCAUGUUGGCCAAUUUGCCGCUGAACUUCCUUAGAGGUUUCGAAGACAGCAGUGGCCUCGUGAUACGUGACUUCGAGCAGAUCCGACGGCGCUACUUGUUGGGCCCCUUCAGCUGGGACCUCAUUGCUGCCUUGCCCUUCGACAUUUUCGCAGACCCCAUGCUGAACGCGGAGCGAAUCUAUGCCACUUGGCGGUUGCUGAAGCUCAUCCAUUUGCGGCAUUUGUGGGGACGUAGGGUGGAAAGCAAGUCCUCGGACCAACAUGAGCAUGGCUUUGUGUUGACCACCGUGAUUGUUUUGUUGAACUUCUGUGUGCUGGGUCAUUUUAUGGGUUGCUUCUACUGGUACAUCGGCAACGGCUGGCCCUCUCUGCAACAACUGAACGAGCAGCUGGUGACACCUGAGCCGCACACGUGGUUUGCAAAGUAUCAAGGUAUGGACUACAAGUUUGGCACUGUCAAUCAACCUCAUGUUUCCGUCUUCGAGCAGUAUCUGCUGUCGCUCUACAGCAUGAUCAAUAUUUUGAUCAACGACAACAACGACAUUCUGAAUCCAGGAAGUUGGGGUGAAGUCGGUUGGAUCCUGGGCAGUUUUGUGGUAUCUGUGGCAGUGAUGGGGGCCAUUGAUGGCACUCUCGUCGGGAAGGUCAUCUCCCAAGAUGAGACCAUUGUGGAACAGCGUGUGAUGAAAGCAAGGAUCAACACUUUCAUCAAGAACGCUGGGCUUCCAAAUGAACUAGUUGAACAGAUCUUGGUAUCUGAAGGAAGUGGCGAUCAGCAGAGUGGAGCAAAAGAACACAAAGCAGCGGAUGCUCGCAUGUUGGAAACUGUCCUCUCCAGCCUUUCUCACAGCUUGCUGCAACGCAUUGGUCAACGAGUCUUCUUGAAGUGGUUGUCUGCACUGCCGAUCUUCAAGGAUUGCUCAGAGCCAUUCCUUCUGCAGCUGACCACAAUUUGCCGACCCUUGUCGGCUUCUGCCGGCACCUUUCUCUGCCGAGCUGGAGAGUUAACCAGCUUCUUUUGCAUUUUGCGCAGCGGUUCUGUGCAGCUUCGCGAUGCUAGCAAUGAAGAGGUGGAUCGAGUCGACGAACGUGGAACCGCGCUUUGUGACAUCUCGUGUUUGUUUGGACUUCGCCAUGAAGUGUCGAUAGUUAGUGAAGAAGAGAGCACCUUCAUCAAGGUCCCCAUUGACGAGUUGAAUACAGCUUUGAUGUUAUAUCCAAAGGACCAUGAAGUGAUCCACAACAAUGUGAUCAAGCUCACACCAAAUCCUGCCAAGGAUGGCCAGGAUGAACCUGAUAAUCAGGCUAUGGGUAUGGCAUGGGCUGAGGAUGAGGAAGAGAUGGGAAAAUCGCAGGUGUCUGCCUCAACCCGAAGAAAGAAGAGAAAACUUGCAGGACUUGUCGAUCUCAUGGCAGAACUGCCUGUGCAUGACUUGACUCUGGAUGGUGUGGCACGCGUGCGAAAGGAGAUCAAGAAAUUCCAAAAGACACAGGAACAAGAGCGGAUUGGCGAUUUCAUGGAUUUUGCUGCUCAGGGCAAAUGGGAAGCAAUGGAAGCGAUGCUCAGGAGCAACAAGGCGCAUGUGAACUGCACAAACUGGGAUGGCCGAACUGCCCUCCAUCUCGCAGUCAGUGCUGGACACUUGAAUGUGGUGGAGAAGCUUGUCAUGGACUUUUCUGCAUUGUUCACGGUACAAGAUCGUUUCAGCCAUACACCUUUGGACGAUGCAGUCAGAGAGCGCCAUUCAGAGGUCGCUGAAUUCCUCAUCGAAGCCAGUGCAGAGUUCAAGUCUGGGGUUUCUGCCGCAGUCCAGCUGUGCGAAGCAGCCGCGAAUGGUGACACCGCCCAAUUGGAACUCCUUGUGGAAGUCAUUGGAGUCGAUCCAAACCUGGGUGAUUAUGACGACCGUACUGCGCUUCACCUUGCAGCUUCAAACGGCCAUUUAGAUACCAUCCAGAAGAUGCUGGAGUUCCCUACUCUGGAUCUGAGUCCCUUCGAUCGUUUCGGGCUGACGCCCUUAGAUGAUGCCAUCCGCCAUGGCCACGUGCCCGUGCAGAAGUUACUGAAGCAUGAGGGUGCUCAGAUGGGCAAAGUCGAGUUUGGCGUGUCACUGUGCGAAGCAGCAUCAGAGAACGACCACCACAAGAUCCGCCAGAUGAUCGAAGCAGGUGUCAGGGCUGGAAUGGCAGACUACGACUACCGCACCGCACUGCACCUCGCAGCCUCCAAUGGACAUUUGGAGACGUGCGUUUUUCUGCUGCGCGAAGGGAAGGUGGAUCCAAACCCUUUGGACCGCUUCCUGCACACGCCUUUGGAUGAUGCCAUUCGUCAUGAGCAGUUGGAUGUGGUACAACUACUUGUGAAGUAUCGUGGUCGCCCGUCGUCUGACGAGGAGUACUUGGGACGAGUACGCAAUGAUUUCAUUAAGACCAUGGAGGAAGAAAAUGACCGGAAGGACUCAGACAAAUUGGAAAAGGAACUCAAGACUCAUGGCUUCGCAGACCUGCUGGAGAGAAUCGCGCGCUUUCGCACCGAAGUGGAGGAAGAAACGCAUUUGUUGACGACGUGUGCCAACAACAUCCGUUAUGACUUAUGCAGAAUUCUCCACGCAAGUGUGCUGCUGAAUGAUGAAACUGCAAAUAGCCACAACGAGAAGCUGCAGAAACAGAUGAUGACGGAAGAAGGAGCCACCAUACAGAGGUUGCGCUUUUUGAUGGAGAAGGAUUUGAAGACGUUCGAAAGCAGUGCCGUCAAGAUCCUCGAGCAUAUUGACAAUGAGUUCACGCCAUGGCUCAACUCCCUACGAAGUAACACCCACACAAAGGGCCUGCUACCACUUCUGUUGCCGAAUAUCUUCGAAGACAUGGAGCAGCUCUCAUCU